AUGUCCCCGGCAGACUCUGUCCUGACUGUCUUCCCGAUUGAAGUUCUGCAGCACAUCGCUGUAGAACUUGACCGACCAGACCUUGCUCGUCUUCUCCGCAUCAACUCGUUCUUCCACCAAGCCUUCGUCACGUCACUUUACACCCGCGUACCAAGCGUUGUAAUCCAGAACCUGGACCCCGGCUCCGCCCAUCGUCGCCCACCCCUCAGGCUGCCCGCUUAUGCGCGACAUGCGCGCUGCCUCAGCGUGCCAGUGUGGCCUGCCUCGUGCUGCCGGCUCCCCUCCAAGCUCCCCCAUCUUCCCUCGCUGGGAGUCAUCAUUCUCGAGGCUGCCCUUCCCCAUGGGCAUGGGAUUGUGCGACUCCCGACUGAGGAGGAGACGCUUUGCCCUCUGCCGCCGACACUGAAGCCUAAGACUGUGGUCAUGCGCUAUCCGUUCAUCUACGAUGGUGGCGCUCAGUUCCCUGCCGGCUUGCUGACCGAAUCGACAGAGCUGGUCGCUUUCCUCAACCUUUCCGGAGGUAUCGACGACCAGCCCGGUGCUCUUUCAUUUGGUACACUGCUGGACAUCGUUGACUUCGAGAUCCCUGAGAGCGUGUACAACAUGACAAUUGUGUUGGAUCCAUCGACGCGCAGCGACUGGAAGUUCUUCAACGUUGCCACUCUUAUCCGACUCUGCGACCACUACACCGAAGGCUCGAUAUUCCCGUUCGAGAACCUACUCUCACUCACGUUUGUGUUGGGAGACGGAUCGUUCGCAAGUUCUUCCCGUGACGCCAUAUUGGAGAAUGUGCGCUCCGAAUUGCGCGAGAAUGUUCACAAGGCAGCUGCCGAUCCCGACUUCGAGCCCCGUGCCCGACCUUUCGAGAUCAACAUUAUGCUGCUGCACGAGUUCCUAGCUUCCAAGAAAUACAGUCAUGUCCUGUCCAAAGAGGAAACCGCCCAGUACCUGCUCGCCCCAUCGUCUCUCAAGCAUGUCGACACCGGCGGAGAUGUCCAGGACGUCAUUGGUCGUGCGAGAGAGGCAUCAGCGGAACAUAUCCUCCAGAUGCACGGGCAGAUGGAAGGGGAUGAGUCCGGAAGCGAGGGAGACGAUGACUACGAAGGCUACAAUGACGAAGAUCCUGAGUUCCUGGAAGAGGAAGACCUCUGGCUUGCUGCUGCCCACGAUGACGCACUUUGGACGUCUGACGAUUACGACUCGGACGACAACCUGGCGUGGUAUUGA